GAAAAUUGAAGUGAUUAUCGGGGUGUUCCGAUUCCUCACGAACAUCAUCAACAGCAAACUAACAUUGUUCGGAAUUAUCGAGAAGUGCAGCGGCCAGGAUAGGAUCAAAUUACUCCCUGCAUGCAUGCACGAUCCAUGACAUGAGCUAUUCAUCCUUGCACAACGGGAGCGCGUCUUCUUCCGCACUUUUGAAUCAAGGUCACUUUCCGUCAUUCAAUGUACCACAACUAGCAGUGCCUCCAAGGACAACAACAUAUCAGGCGCCCAUCUUCGCAUCCUCAUCUACUUCACAUCCAACCAACGGUCCACGUGCUUUCAAGGCCCCAGCUCAUAAACAUGCACAUCAUCUACACUCCAUCCCUCCAAGGGAGAAAUCUACCCGGACUCUCAUAAUAGAUCAUAUGUUAUGGGUUCAUGGCCGGACCCGAUUUACCCAGGCCCGUGCUGAGCUUGGAAUGACCGACCGAACAGGAGGUCCUUCCUCCCAUAAUUAUCGUCAUCGUGAACGCCCGGAGUCCUACGAGGAAGAUGACGAAGUUUCAAGUGACGGUGAAAAUGUUGAAAUGCUCAAAGCCAGAGAAGGUGGACCAGGUCAUCCUCAUAACGAGGAUGAGGACAGUCGUCGGCAGAAACAGGACUUGACCCUUGCAAGGACUCUAAGACUCCGUGCUAUCGGUCUCGAGAAGGUCGUCACAUCAAUGCUCGACCAGCCUCCUCCUGUGCACCCUAUCCUCGACGAUGAUCUAUCUACACCACCUACAUCCCCACAGCGUCCGGAAUCACACCAAUCACCCCAGCGUGCUACAUCUCACCACCCGCACACUCUACCGAACGGUGUUCGUUUACGGUUGGCAUUGGGGACUGUUAUCAAUGAUUUAUUUGCGCGUCAAGCGCCCACCCCUCCAUACCGACAUCAUCACCAUCCUCCACCGAUUAUUGUGGCUAGCAAUGGCUCAGAUCAAGCAUCUUCAAACGGUUUAAGUCCAGGAAACUCUCCUGCAACGCAGAAGGCGUCCCCAGUAUCCGGCAGGGGAAGUAGCAUGUCCUCUGUGCAAGGAGCUAUCGGUAGCCUUCCUCCUUCAGUCGUCCUACUUUCGCAGGUAUCAGCUGCAGCCCUUCCUCAGACAUCUCUUUUGCCCAGAGGUGAUUUUCGUGCACCCACUUCUCCAAUGCAAGCACCACAAAUGGUGCAGUCUCGUAACCGAAGGUCAAAGUUUAUGCCCAGCAGUCGUGUAUACGCCAUGUACAUGCAGGGCGCUGAUCCCUCGACCGCCAAUUCACCCCCCGGCUUGCGGUGCCCACGACAUCUUCAUACUGGCUGUGAAAUCUGCGUCGAAGCCAAACACUCUGUCAAAGCACCAGGCGGGUCCGGUCGAGCACGCCCGCCGCCUGCUGCAAUGGGCCCCAGAAGCUUUGGAGACUGGGACGGCGGACCAGGCGGCUCGGGUGGAAGUAUGGGUGGUAGUGGAGGUGGUAUUGCUGGCUGGCAAGACGGCCCUGGUAUUGGAUCGGGCUUGGCCCAUCCGGGAGUCGAUGGCAGCGCGUUGCGCCGGAAGUCGAAGUGGUUCUUGCCUGAUUCAGAAGGAGAGCAAUCGGGUGCUGGCGCUGGGAACACUCGGCUUUCAGAGCUCAUUCCGCGCUUUUUGAGGCUUUCUGCGCUUGUCGCAACAGAACUUGGAGAGGAGCUUGGCGAUGAUGAUUAUGAAAGCGACUGGCAACGAAGCGCAGAGAUGCCUAGUCAAAUACCAGCGUCACCUCGACCUUCAUCCCGAAGAUCUCAAACUAUCGAAGCACCCCCUGCGCCUCCAUUGCGACCUUCACGAGAAUGGUACAUGCUUCUCGCGGGCUUGCUCGCUCGUGCUACCCUCGAGGGUUACCUCACCGGAGGGUGGUGGGGUCUGGAGGCUGUUGAAUGUCUUCUAUCAGUGGGCUUGGGCAUCACUGAUGACGGGUUUGGUCAUCUGGGUCAAAUCGACCCACAGGACGACGCAGACUCUGCAUUCGAAUGGUUUGAACCCGACGACUUGCCUAGUCUCAAAGAAGCGACAAGAAUCAUGUUUCCUGCAUUGCGUGCUGCGCGAAACGGCACGCCCAUUCGAAGAGAGGGCGCUGAAGCUGAAUUUGAAUCUGAAAUGGAUGAGCGCCUCAGGAGGUUCUAUACGAUACCCUCUUUAACGCCAGAUCUAUCCACGCAUAUGGAAGAUCUAGCAUGGCACUACCCUGCCGAGCCUGUUGAAAGAGCAGCACUGCGCUUCUGUGAAGCGAUCGCAAAGUGGCGUGGUAAACCUGAACUGGAAACCUACAAAAAGAAACCACCGAAAGACGUAGGACUCGGGGGAUCUAGUAUGACUAUCGAGACUCUCGUACAUUCCAAUCCAACGAGUCCCACGAUGGGAGGGUACUCGGUUCAGCCAUCGAGGUCUCAAAGGCCUGCCAUCGAAAAGUACUUCAUCGUACCGCCCUCAUAUGUAGGAAGGAACAAGCGCAGGAGGUCGCUAGAUGAAGCCGAAUCAUCUAACAAGAGGACCCAUGGGUGAUGGAGCAUCGUCCAUGCAUGGACUUAUAACGUUCUAUCCCGUUUGCUUCAUUUGUUGUGCGCUGUAUAGUGAUAAUACUUAUUGCAUGUUUGUUUGUUUGUACAGUAUAUUGUUAUUCCGUUUUGUUAUAGCUCAGCGUUAACGUUGAGCGCUCGACUUGGGUCGAUGGGGUAAUUCACAACUCAGAUUUACAUGCCUCU